UCGGGACGAGCGUCAGACCAGUCACUGUACGUCAUCAUCGGUACUUCUCGGCUGUCUCCGUCGACGGCCACGCAGCAGGGGAACGGUCGUCGACAAACAAACCUUGGUUGAGGUGGAGAGAUUGUUGAUUUCAGGACUACGUCCAAUGUAGUGGUCCGUCAGAGAGCAGCCCCGGACGGUUGACUAAACAGUGUGUGGUAUCUGGGCUAAAUAUACCACUGUGACAGACUGCUGGUCUGGGGUGUUUAGCAACUAGCAGCUAGCUAGCUAGCCAGUGAGACAGGGGCGCUAGCUAGCUGGAACAGCGAGAUGGAGUGGACAGGUCACGCAGGGGGGAGAAUAACCCCAGAUCGGCAGCAUGGCACCACCGAAGCUGCUUCUACUCUAUGGAGCUCCGAUGUCCCGUCUCCUCUCCGACAGCCCGCAUCACCGGCUUCCAGCCCUUUCAGUGACAGCGCCCUGACCUCCCUGUGCCAGAGUCAACAGCGAUGCGUGAAGGCGUCCAUCGCGUCCGGCUGGAGCCUGGCCGAGGCCCAGCACCAGCUCUGCUCCCUGGGGCUGCACGGCUCCGAGUCCCUGGAGCAGGAGCAGGCGCGCACCACGGCCUGCCCCUCGGAGCUCACCCACACCGAGGAGGAGUGGCGACGGAAGGAGAGCGUGCUGGGAGGCGGAGCUCCCCGCGGCACCAGCCACAGCCCUGUGCUCGGAGCCGUCGCUAGCUGGGAUGUGUUUGAUAAGAGCAUAAUUAACACCCCACAGACGUCCUCAGAUUGUGAACAGGACAGAAGUAAAAACUUCACCCAGAAGUACGAAAAUGAACUCCGACAUUUUGGCAUGCUGCGGCGCUGGGAUGACAGCCAGAGGUUCCUCUCCGAGCAGCCUUUGCUAAUCUGUGAGGAGACGGCCAACUACCUGAUCCUCUGGUGCUUCCGGCUGCAGCAGGAAGGGAAAGAAGCGCUGAUGGAGCAGGUGGCCCACCAGGCGGUUGUCAUGCAGUUCAUCCUAGAAAUGGCCUCCAAUUCCAAACAGGACCCGAGAGGCUGCUUCAGACACUUCUUCCAGAAAGCCAGGGCGGGACAGGAGGGCUACCUCAAUGUCUUCCAGACAGAGCUUGAGGCCUUCAAGGGCCGGGUGAAGGAGUACUCGGUCAAACCUUUGGGAGUGGACACGCCCAAAGACGGCGGGCUCCAGGGUGUGGCCCCGUGCGGCCGGCUGGACCCCAGAGAGGUCCUGGAGUCUCUGCCUCCGGAGCUGAAGACGGGCUUCCAGUUGCAAGAUAUGCAGAUUUUACAGAAUGUUCUCAGCACUAUGAAUCCACAGGUGGCGGAGUACCACGUGAAGCGCUGCUUGGAGGCGGGCCUGUGGAGCAGCGCGGGCCGGUGGGACGGGAAGGAGGACUCGGGAGAGGCGGACGACGGCCGCAUGAUGGAGAUGUCCUAGCGGCGGAGCUGAAGGUGUCCUAGCGAACGCUGAUGGCAGGGAAUAAUCAAAAGGCUUACCGCCUCACACAAUGGCGAUCUCAAAGGGCUCCGCAGACCCCCGUUUGGUUGGCAGUUUGAGGACGAUGAUUAUGACGACGAUGACCGUUAUGAGGGGAGUCCGCCCAAACGCUCCUACUUCCUCCUUGCCCUUCAUCACUUCAACUGCAAAGCGAAUGCUUUGAGUCGUGACUGAUCAGGCACCGGGAGGUUUCGCUCUCUGCUCUCUACUUGAAUGUAUGCAGCAUUAAGUGGAAAGGAGUGUGCGUCGUUACACAACACACUCGUUUAUUCUCCAGAUUGCUCUGAAUUAGAGGAACAUUUUGUGUAAACUAGAAUUUGAGUACUACAUAAACAUUUAACGUCAUUCUGGGGGCAGGUCUUUAGUAGACGGGGUUCCCGGUAGGGAUGAACACAGGUGUAGCCCUUGGUUUUGGGUACAGGCCUACAGAUCCAUCAUUACCUAAUGAGAUACACCUGGUUCCACCCUGCUGUAACUCUUCUGUGAUGAAGGCCUACAGUUGGUGGGAGAUGGAAAUGAAAAGUGUGGACCUUUCCUGCUGCCAUAGAAGAUAUGCUGCUUAAUCUAUAUAAGAAAUGAAUGGAUCUGGAUGGAUCCGGAUGUCAAAAUGAUUCAAUCAUUGAUAAAAUGUCAACUCAUGCAAGACACCACACUAAUAUGAAACACUUUGAAUAAUGAUAACAGCAACUGAUUAGCAUCACUGGACCUGCGCAUAAGUCCUUUAUCACCAUAGCCUACUGCGUCCCCUAUGAAACGCCAUUGUACCCCACUUUUCUUUUUUUAAAGAAUGUAUGGCAUCUAUUGUAGCAAAAUCGUGCCUCCCUCAAAAACCAACUCGUAUCAAACCUGAAAGGAGAAGGGGAACUUGAGAGACCCGCUGCAUGAGUAAUCAGCAUGCAUGUUGGUCCCUGCACUGAAGAUGUGCAGGGACCAAAAGGUGAAAAUGGUCCUAACCUAAUUUGACCCUCCAUUGCAUAAACUCAAUUGAAAUGCAUACAACAAUGCAAGCACAAAGGACUUGCCUAAUGCCAAAUGUUCGCUUGAUAAACCGUCAACAGAGGGAUUGUCUUUUUUUUAUGGUUAAUGUUAGGACUAAGUAGGACUAGUAGGAACUUGGCCACACCUGUUUUCACAAUACUUAUAUCAGUACUUUGUGUGUGUGUGUGUUAGUGUGUGAGUAUAAAGGCCGCUGUAGGUGGUAAAUUGGGGGAAGAUUGGUGCAUUCACGUUGAGGGGAUGAGCAGAGGGUGGGGGAUACACUCUCACAAAGACUUUUUAUUUUUGUACACAGACGUAUGAAUAUCUUGCACUUUAAACCCUAUUUGUUUUUAAUAGAGGCUUGAAGUGUUGAUUAAGAACAGGACUUAAGACACACCAUUUAUCCUGUUUUGUUGCUUUCUAAAGAAAGUAAAUCUUUACCAUUUUUUUUUUUUACCAUUUCAAGUAAUUCAACUAUAUAAAUCGGGCACUUCUACAUGUUCUCAGCAACAGCGUUCAUUUAUCCGGCAACUUCCACCUUACUGGCUCUCGUCUCCCGCCAAAUUCUGCAAAAUCGGACUCAUUCAGAAAUAUUUAAAAUGCCUUUGGUUUCUAUCGGUUCAGUUUCAGAAAGUCCCUUGUUCAGUCCUCGAUCAAGCCAGAUGUUAUUCAGUGUCAAACAGUUGUACAUAUAUAUUUAUAUAAAUAUAUAUACACAUUUAUCGGUAAAACUUGAUGUGGAAAUGUCAUUAAUAGCACAGUGUAGGUUCAUCAUUGCUGUCAUUCUUCACUAUGCAAAGUAAUCGACUGAUGUUUUGUAUUCUAGUCUGUUAAAGGAAUGUCGGUGUCUUUUCUGAGAACGGGUUGAUCGGCUGUGGAAGAAUCAUUUGGUAACAUUUGGUUUGACAUCUUUUGACCUUUGUGUUUGAAUGGCCUUAAACUAUAUUCCGGAAAAUUGCUUUAAGUCCUUCAGAAAACCCUAUUGUUCAUUAGAAAAGGGCGGGUAACUGAAUCAAUGAAAUAAAAAGUUCAAAAUAA